AUGGCACUUUCUAUAUUAUGUGGUAAAGGUUCAUCAUCGUCUACACGAGUCUAUAUGUCAGCGUUGAUUGUUCUUGUGCUUAUCUGCUCGUUUUCGUGUUGCUCUUCAUCAUCAUCAGCAUAUUUAUUUGGUUCAUCCAUUGGCGACAUUGGCAAAAACGUUGACGAUAUCGACAUCGACAAUGAUUUCUAUGGUCAAAAUAAUCAUGAUUAUCCCUUACCAUCUCGAUUGUCAUCAUCAUCAAUUAAUCAUAUUAAUGCUAUUAAACAUCCAAUAUUGUCUAAGAGUCGUUUUCUAAGUCUCCUGUUUGAUCCUGCUCUUAUUCAAAAAGAAAAUCUUUCUCGUCGACAAUAUCAAGAUCGUUUCUACAAUAGGCGAUAUGCUCCACAAGCAUUUCAUGCUAUGCGGGGUUAA